CGUCAUGAAUGUGUUUCAAACACAAAGCACCUGUUGCGCCGUCACAGUUUUACAUGCGUCUGGCUCUAAAGUCUGUUUCCGACCUUUGAUUCCAUUUACUCAUUUGCUCUGUUGCAGGAGAGUAGACAGUGAAGUGCUUUGUGUCCAUUAAUAAAUUUCUGUAGUCUCGCAAGAUGUUUGCAAACUCAUCACGUAACUUGUUGCGUACCAGCAUUUUCCAUCGCUGCAAAAGCACGUUGGUUGUAGCUGAACACAAUAAUGAGGCAUUAAAUCCCGUCACACUGAACACAAUUGCCGCAGCCAAGAAGAUUGGUGGCGAUGUUACGGUUUUGGUUGCUGGCACAAAAUGUGGCCCCGCCUCUGAAGCUGUGGCUAAAGUUGAGGGAGUUGCCAAGGUUUUGGUGGCUGAAAAUGACGCCUUCAAAGGUUUCACCCCUGAAUCAUUGACACCCUUGGUCUUGGCUGCCCAAAACCAGUUUAAAUUCACCCACAUUUUGGCUGGUGCCACCGCAUUCGGCAAAAAUGUUUUGCCUCGCGUAGCAGCUAAAUUGGAUGUUUCACCUAUUUCCGAAAUUAUUGAUGUUAAGAGCGAAGAUACCUUUGUGCGCACAAUUUAUGCCGGAAAUGCUGUUCUCACAUUGCGUUCGAAAGAUCCCGUGAAGGUUAUUACUGUACGUGGCACCAAUUUUGCUCCCGCUGCUGCUACUGGUGGUAGUGGUGCCGUCGAACCCGCCCCUGCUGGCGACUAUGCCCAGAGUCUAACCGAAUUUGUUAGCCAAGAAUUGACCAAAUCUGAUCGCCCAGAAUUGACUAGUGCCAAGGUUAUUAUAUCAGGUGGUCGUGGUUUGAAAUCUGGUGAUAACUUCAAAUUGUUGUAUGAUCUUGCUGAUAAAUUCGGAGCUGCUGUGGGAGCUUCUCGUGCCGCUGUCGAUGCUGGCUAUGUGCCCAAUGAUUUGCAAAUCGGCCAAACUGGUAAAAUUGUAGCCCCCGAUCUAUAUGUUGCCGUCGGCAUUUCCGGUGCCAUUCAACAUUUGGCUGGCAUGAAGGACUCCAAAACAAUCGUCGCCAUUAAUAAGGAUCCUGAAGCUCCAAUUUUCCAAGUUGCCGAUAUUGGUUUGGUAGCAGAUUUAUUCAAGGCUGUUCCAGAAUUGACUGGCAAAUUGUAAGCGAUUUUUCCUCCGCCUGAUCAGUAACAAGUUAAACUUGGUCGAUCAAAAAUAAAUCAUGUUUGUGAACAAUGUGAUUGGAUUUAAGUGCAUUUAAUUAUGUUAUAACUAAUUGUAAGAAGAAAAACAAAACAGCGACAUAGAAAAUUAUGAAAAAAGUCAAAAAAUCAAUUAAAUAAAUUCUGAAAUUUUUAUACAAUAA